AUGGGAGGUGAGAUUUGAUGAAAAGUUUGAAGAUGUGCUGAAACUGAGGCUAAUACAGACGACUGUGUUACUUCGCAGCACCUUCAUGAAAGCUACGCUGCAACUUUUUUCCCGAGUUACUUGUUCUACAAGUAAUCACUUUGAGCUCCAUCUAGAUGGGAACAGGAACAGGGCUUGUCCCAUUCUCGCAAACGAGAAGUAAACUUCAGUCCGAGUUGAAAAAAUGGCUGCAACAGUUUCAGCACCUUCUUUGUGUAGUUUUGAAGUAAAAAAAAAAGAAAGAAAAAAAAAAAUGAUGAAACCCAGAAGAUUUUAUAAGUCCACCUAACUUAUUACAAGGACAUUGCAGCAUAAACUUCCAUUUAAAGCUGUGUCAUAGAUUCGCCUGUCGGAACUCAGAGUUCAAGAAAAUGGCUUCCUCUGUCCAGUUAACGCUUCUUCUCUUAGCUCUGGCUUUUCUGGUUCUGGCUGAUGCGAAGAUUCGCCGGUACAAGUUCGAUGUGGUGAUGAAGAACACAACUAAGCUCUGUUCAACGAAAUCAAUAGUCACCGUCAAUGGGAAGUUCCCUGGACCGACUCUUUACGCGAGGGAAGACGACCAAGUCAUCGUUAACCUCACGAACCAUGUCAACUACAAUGUUACCAUACACUGGCAUGGUGUGAAGCAACUUAGGACAGGAUGGUCAGAUGGACCGGCCUAUAUAACUCAAUGUCCGAUCCAACCGGGAGGAACUUUUAUUUACAACUUUACCCUCACGGGCCAACGAGGAACACUCCUCUGGCACGCCCACAUCUCGUGGCUAAGGGCGACGGUUCACGGCGCCAUCGUCAUCUUGCCCAGACACCGAGUGGCUUACCCUUUUCCCCGGCCUCACAAGGAGAAAAUCAUCAUUUUCGGAGAAUGGUGGAAAUCAGACGUUGAGGCUGUGAUUAAUCAGUCCACAUUCACCGGUUUACCUCCUAAUGUCUCAGAUGCUCACACCAUUAAUGGACAGUCCGGUCCUCUCUUGGGCUGUAACUCUCCCGGUUACACUUUGCAUGUCGAGAGCGGGAAAACGUACAUGUUACGGAUCAUCAAUGCUGCACUGAAUGACGAGCUCUUCUUCAAGAUCGCCGGCCACACCUUAACUGUCAUCGAAGUCGAUGCUUCAUACACGAAACCCUUUAGUGCAGACACGUUGUUUCUCGGUCCUGGCCAGACAACGAACGCUCUUCUUACCGCAGAUCAGUCCUCAGGAAAGUACUUGAUCACGAUCUCUCCGUUCAUGGACACGAUUGUCACAGUGGAUAACGUAACGGGGACAGCUUUCUUGCAUUAUAACGAUACAACCUCGUCUCCUUCCCUCGUUUCAGACAAGAUCCCUCCUGUAAAUGCGACGAGCGUUGCUCUCGGCUUCUCAGACAAUCUCAGAAGCCUAAACUCGAGAGAUUACCCGGCGAAUGUCCCGUUAAGAGUCGAUCAUUCGCUGUUUUUCACGAUAGGUGUCGGUAUAAACCCUUGCGAAACAUGCAUUAACAACACUAAGGCUGUCGGAGAUAUCAACAAUGUCAGCUUUGUAAUGCCGACCAUUGGUAUCCUUCAAGCUCAUUACUACAACAUAAGCGGCGUUUUCACCGACGAUUUCCCGGGGAAACCCUUGAUCCCGUUCAACUACACGGCUAAUAAUUCCACGGCGAAUAUGAGGACGAUGAACGGAACGAAGGCAUAUAGGCUCGCGUAUAACUCGACCGUACAGCUUGUCAUACAAGGAACGAGCGUUAUAGCACCCGAGAGCCAUCCCACCCACCUCCACGGAUUCAAUUUUUUCGUGAUCGGAAAAGGCGUUGGGAAUUUCGACCCGUUGAAUGAUCCGAAGAAGUUUAACCUCGUCGAUCCGGUCGAGAGGAACACCGUAAGCGUCCCUACUGCGGGAUGGACUGCAAUCCGGUUCAGAGCCGAUAAUCCUGGGGUUUGGUUCUUCCAUUGUCAUCUGGAAGUGCACACAUCGUGGGGAUUAAAGAUGGUGUUUCUUGUGGAAAACGGCAAAGGUCCGAAUGAAACGCUUCUUCCUCCUCCAAGCGAUCUCCCUAAGUGUUAAAAGAAUUGAUCUAUCGAAUAAAUUCGGUUUUCGGUUUUCGGGAAAAAGUGUCUGAAACUGGAAAAAAAAAAUCUUGUCUGAGAUUCAAUAAAGACGAAGAAGAGGAGGAAGGAGAAGAGGGUUGCUUGCGUUUGAAGUUAGGGCUUGAAAAGUGUUGUGCUUCAUAUCGUUCUUAAUUUAAAAUGUUUUAUUGGUCCGACAUGAGAAAGUAAUGAAUUUUUAUGUGCUUUAUUUUAAUUCAAAAUAUUUAUAAAAAAAAAAAAUUUAGACGCGUC